GGUGGUGGGAGACGAGAAAAACAAACAUUUUUUCCAAUAGUUAAAAACUUUUGUUUAUAAUAUAAAUUUAAAAGUAUUGAAGCGAGUAUAAAACUCUUAGCACAUAGUAGUUUACAUCAGCAAGUAUAUUGCUAACGUCAACCACUAUAACAGUAAAUUAGAUGUUAAUUUAGAAAAUACGAAAACAAUAAAAAUAUAUGCGGAUGGAUUAGAAGCAACCAGAAAUUUUAGUGAAGUGACCACAACUAAAUUGAAAAGGAAUAAUUUUUCGUGUGUUACACGUACUAGCUUGCAAAGAUAACCAAUAUCCAAGGCGUAAGGCGUAGUAAGCGUGGGAAAGGAAAAGGACCCUCAGCAAAAAGACCAUAAGCAUCGAAAUUGCUGGCCAGUGGAGGCCUGGUACAAAGCGCCGUGAUGAGCAGUGCCAAUGCUAGUUCUGAACAUGACACUACAGGACAGAAAUUAAAGACUGAAGCUAGUAAAACGGGAAAAGAAAAUGGAUGGCUUUCGUAUAUUGUACCCAGCAUGCAGAGAAAAAUUACAAAACUUAAUUAUGACUUGAUAGAGGAAUGUAAACGGUGCAAGGAAGAUUCAAGUUUAUCCAAAACGAUAUGUGAUGAAUUAGAAAGCUAUUGUCGCGAUAUACGCCGUGAAAUCGUUAAAAAAAUGCGAAAUGGUUGCGCUCCUCUAUUCAUUGCUUGUAAACGAGGCUGUGUUCCUAUAGCAGAGUAUCUGGUUACCGUGUGUGAGGCCGAUAUCGAGCAGCGUGGCCUCUAUGAGGUGCCAGAAGAUCGUACAUUUCAUUACGUCACACCACUCUGGUGCGCCGUUGUAUCUGGAAAAUUACCAAUGGUCAAAUAUUUAAUUCGCAUUGGCUGUGAUAUAAAUGCUACUUCAGAUUCAGGAUCAACACCAGUGCGUAGUGCUUGUUUCAUGACACAUGUUGAAAUUGUACAAUAUUUAGUCGAAGCGGGUGCUGAUAUCAAAAAGCCAAACAUGAAUGGCGGAACUUGUCUCAUAAAUUCUGUACAAUCGAUUCAAUUAUGUUUAUAUUUGAUUAAAAAGGGCGCUGAUGUCAACGCCAAGGAUAUACAAGAGAAGACUGCCCUACAUUACGCCAUACAGGAACAUAGAUUAGAAACUACAAAGCUAUUACUGGAACACGGUGCGGACCCAUAUGUAAAAAGUCGCUAUGGCGAUGAUGCAUUACGCACUGCUUGCAUUAAAGGAGCUAAUCAAAUUUUCGAUUAUUUGAAAACGCAUCUCGAAUAUUCGCCCGAGCGCAUUGCUGAGGCCCACGAAUUGAUCGGCUCAACGUUUUUGGAUGAACAUAAUGAAACCAGAGUGGCAAUACUUCAUUGGCGAUUAGCACAUCACAUACGAGCUUCACAUACUCCCUACCUAGAAAAACAGCCAAGAGUACCACUGCGUCCUGCAUAUGGGAAUGCCGUUGAAUUUACGACACUCGAAGAGCUUGACAAUAUUGCUACUGAUAUGGAUGCAAUGCGUAUACAAAGUUUGUUGAUUUGCGAGCGUAUACUCGGCAUAACGCACAAAGAUAUGCUCUUCCGUUUAACUUUUCGAGGCGCCUCUUAUGCCGACUCUCUACAGCUACAACGUUGCAUCGAUUUGUGGCGACUUUUGUUAGAAGUGCGGGUUACGCAUUGCUCCGUACUCCAUUUUGAUACAUGUUAUGCGGCUCAAGCACUAGUACGUUUAAUGAUCGACUUGCACGAACGCUAUAUGCGCAACAGGAAUCAACGUGCAAACGAAAUUUCACCUGCAUUGCUGCAAGGUGAAGCAAAUGCAGUGAAAGAAGAGCCUUUGCCGCUGUUCGAAGAUGUAUUCGGCGUAUUUUGCCUACUAACCGAUACAAUCGCCGAUGCGCAAGAAUUGCUGCUAGUACGGCCAGUCUAUCGGAAGCAACAAGAAAAUUUCGAUCGCAUAUUAAAAUGUAUCGCUCAUUUAAUUUAUUUGCUAAUUAAUACGGCAAAUACGCAUGAGCAAAAAAAGUCUGUGUUCUGUGCGGUGCGAGAGCUUGUGCGGGCGAAUGUGCGCAGUGCUUGCACUUGCGACACGUUGUUACAUCUAUGUGUUUCACGCCUGAAUGUCAUAAAGAGUGGUUAUCUGAGCGAUGAGAAUAAUUUAACGAUUGUGUUUCCAAAUGCAAAUGUUAUCAAAUUGCUGCUUGACUGUGGCAUGAAUGUAAACGCCAAAAAUGAGGCCAAAUCAACGCCAUUGCAUGUUGCCGUGCAACCUUACAAUUAUAGCAACGAUAUAAUACUAUUAUUGCUAGAACACGGUGCAGAUUUAGACCAGCCAAAUAAAUCAGAUGAGCGACCAUUUAAUUUGAUUGUAAGCAAUCCAGCCAAUACGAUACCACUAAUGAAUUAUAUGAAUCUCAAGUGUCUAUCUGCUACAAUAAUAAGUAAAUACAAAAUUCCAUAUCGCGACCAAAUACCAAAAUUGCUUGAGGAAUUUGUUAAGCAACAUGAACCUUGAAGGUAUACGUAUAUGCCAAAGCAAAAUAUCUGAACGCAAAAUUUUUUUAAAGGCAAUUAAUAUAUAGUACAUCACUACAAUUAAAACUAUACACCUCUAAGAACUAUGAAAGUCACACGAACA